UUCAACUCACAUUCGCUCACUGUGGUACUGCAUACCUCGACUUCCCGCCUACAACACAACUGCACUUUCGCAAUCAACCCAUACACACCUUCGCCCCAGCGCAUUGUGCGCACGCGAGGUUACCAUGUUUUGUUUGCGAAGUUGGAUCCCCGUCCUCUUCUUCCUACUGCGAACCAGUGCAUCACCCGUUUUCCUCGUACUCUUCAUCUCAGCGACCUACUUCUUGAACCGACCAUGCGUCUACUGUUCGCUCCUCCUCUUCAUACUUGUCGUAGCCCUCUUUGACUUCCAAACGCCUUGGUUUGAAGCGCCACUUUCGGAAACGACGGAGCUCGCGCUGAACGGCACGACGCCGUUCCGGGACAGUAUCAUGGACACAGCGGGUGUGUUUGCGCAGGCGGCAAACCAUACGGCGCAAGCGGUAUUCAAGAGUGCAACAGAUGGACUUCGCGAGAAGAUGGCUGGAGUCAGUGAAGCCAGCGGGGGUGCAAAUUACGAAUGGGUCAAGGGGCUCGUGGGCAAGAAGGAGUGGAGAGUGCCAUGUCUGGACGUGCUGAUCAGGAUAUGAGGACAACGAAUGCAAGUGUCGAAUGAGAAAGUCUGAUCUUUCUAUAUCACAGGAAAGCUUGGGAAAUCUUUGAGCUGUCAGCUCGAAGGUAGGAAGCACCAUAACAUAAGGGCAUGGAACCGGCGCAUCAUGAUUUUCGGGUAUUUGCUUAGGUUGCGAUGGUGGGACUUGAAGGCACUCGCUUGCGUGCGUGAGAGUACCGACAUCAUUGGCAUGGUACAAUCUAUU